GCAAAAAAAACUAUGUAUGUGUGAUUUCGCUACGAAAAUUCUUUCACCUUCGUACGUAUUUUCAUUUUGAGUUUGCAAACAUUAUCUUGGCAAUUAAAAACUGCCGCUUCACAAUUAAAGAAUGACAACAGUGUUAAGUUCAAACUCAAGAGCACAGGCAUAGGGGCAGUUGAGUUAUGAACAAUCAGGAUUAUGGCGGCAUCCAAUGGAUUCAGCAGCACGCAUCUGCGGUCGACUCCGAGUCCGAUAUGCUGGAAAACGGUGCUGGCGACAGUGAGGUGACUGCAGCCUAUUUGGUAAAUGGCAACGCCACCGACGAAGAUCUCGACCAUAUGGCGGCCGAGAAUCUCAUCUUUAUGGCGCGAGAUGGUCAGCUGAGCGAGAUUAUAGCUGCCAACGAAUCGGGUGGCGGCACAGUUUUAAUCACUGACAGCGGCGUCGCAUAUGCCGAGUCAUUCGAUGAUGACGCACAGGUGGUCACCGAGGAGAUCAUUACCGAUGAUUGGGUGCAGCAUCAAGGCGCCGAACGGGUCGAAAUCGCUGCAGAGCAAAUUGCAGGAAAUGUCAAUUCGCUGGAGCUACUGGAUAUGGAGCAGGAUGAGUAUACGGCCCUGCGUCCCUAUCCUUGUGAUUUCUGUAGCCGGCGAUUCCGCAAGAAGGCAAGCCUCAACAAUCACAUGCUGGCACAUCAAAACGAUCGUCCGCAUCUGUGUAAAUUGUGUGGUGCACGAUUCUCACGUCGCGCCGAGCUCAUCAGUCACUUUAAGGCACAUGCCGAGGCGCAGGAUGCAGCCGAUGCGGAGGCAGCAGCGGCGGCUUCAAUUAAAUUUGAGCCACCGCAGCACAGACAAGUGGAUGAUCAUUUCUACGAACAGGAAUGGCCAUUGUAUCAGGAUCAGGAGCACGAACAAAUACAAGAGCAGCAGCAACAACAACUGGAGCAGGAGCAAGAGCAGGAACAGUUGGCCGUUGCCAGCCAGGUGAUGCAACAGGCCAGCUAUGCAGCAGUGUCAGAUGUGGCCGCACCAACAGCUGCCCGGGGUCGCAUAAGUCGCCUCAAGCCCAAGGAGGAGAGCACGCAGUAUAUUGUGAUUGCUGAGAAGCAGACAUCGGACGACUUGCAACAGUUUGUGGACUGUGAGGAGUUGGCGCCACCGCCACCACUGACAAAUACCAAUGUCAAUGCAACGUCAACUCAAUGCGAUGCCAACAGCUCAACAGACAACAGUCAGGCCAUGAAUGCAUCACGUUUCCCAGUGCUGGAUGAGAGCAAACCCUUUGUGUGUCAACAAUGUGGAUUGGCAUUUGCACGAGAGAAGGCGCUUGUCUCCCAUAUCAAGAAUCAUCGCGUGGACUCGCCGUUUGAAUGCAAUCAGUGCCAGGAGAUGUUCUGGGACAAUCACAGCCUGCAGGAGCAUCAGAAGACACAUCAGUUUGAGGAGAGCAAUUCAGAGUACGAUCCUGCCUCGGCGGGGGAUGACAGUGCCAGCGAAUCGGAGCCAGAUCAGCUCUAUGGUGACUUCUAUUGCAGUGAGUGCGGCAUCUCAUUUCAUAGGCAGGAUCUGCUCCGUCGUCAUGCCAAGCAGCAGCAUAAAUUGGCCGUGACAUCAGCCGUCAACUCUGUCGAUGUGGAGGGCAGUGCAGAUCUGGAUGCAGAUGCAGAUGGUGAUACCGACAAUACCAAAGAUGCGCCGCAUUCUUGUCACACGUGUGGCAAGUCAUUUCCCAGCGCAUUGGAGCUGCUCGCCCAUGCCGAGAUUCAUGCCCGUUUCCCGCCAUUCAAAUGUGUCUUGUGCGGCAUUAGCUUUUACGAGGAACAGGCCAUUAAAAGGCAUUUGCACACUCGUCAUCCGCACGAGUUGAAGCCAAAUUCGUGUGUGCUCUGUGGCAAGGAGUGUCGGGAUCGCAAGGCGUUGAUUAAACAUGCGUGGGAUCAUUCCCGUGAGAAGUGCCACUCGUGCUCCAAGUGCGGCAAGAACUUCCACAACAAGGCGCGUCUGAAGCGACACAUGGCCUCGCAUCGUGAUAAGUCGGUGGUGUGCGAGGUGUGCCACGAGGAGUUCCCCGACGGACGCACCCUUUCCAAUCAUCGUCAUUCGCAUAGCACCACGUCGCCGGGCAAACUGUUUCCCUGCCAUGAAUGCGGCAAGACCUUUGGCUCCCGCAGCUCACAGCAGAUACAUGUGCGCAUCCACACGGGCGAACGGCCCUAUGGAUGCCGGUAUUGCUGGAAGGCCUUUGCCGAUGGAGGUACGCUGCGCAAGCACGAAAGGAUUCACACUGGCGAGAAGCCAUAUGCCUGCUCCGUCUGUCCGCGUGCGUUUAAUCAGCGUGUUGUGCUCAGGGAACACAUACGCUCCCAUCAUUCAGGACUGGAUGCAGUGCGUGGAACGUAUCAUUGCACCGUCUGCACUGCGGAUUUAUCCUCAUCCAAUGAGCUUAUACAGCAUCUCAUCCAACACAGCGACACGAACACAGCCAAACAACGACAACCAAUUACGGGUCCACGUAAAUACAAGCGUCGAAGGAAACUGCAGCCUCAUGAAAUUGCACACAUGCGUGCUGAGAACAAGGAUGGCGAUGGUGAUGGCGAUGAUUAUGUCAGUGAUAUGGAUCUCUGCGAUCUGGAUGUGGAAAAUGUGGACGAUCUCUUUGACGCGGCAGAAACAACGCCACCCAAAAAAGAGAAGCGCAAACGGAAUGCCGCCAGUCAAGGGAAACCAGUGUCAAAUGGCGUCUCAACAUCCGCGCUAAAUAACAAUACAACUCCAUCAGCCAAAUCCGCCAAUGGGAAUCCGGAUCGCCUGUGGGAGGAGAAAUUUCUGCAGUCCAAUGGCAAUGGCAAUGCCAGCAAUCAGUUAAAUGAUGAUGCGUUCAAAAGCUUCUUUCAAAUUGACUCUUUGGUGGUGGUUAAUGAUACCACACUGCAACCUAUAAGCUCAUCCAGUGUUGUCACUGCGCCCAAGACACGACGUAGUGCCAAACACACGCCACAGUUGCCGACGAGCACCAGCAACAGCAACAAGUCAACAACAGCAGCAGGAACAACAACAACUGGUGAUGAUUGUAGCAAGUCCAGUGCCUCAGUAUCGUCAAGCAGUCGCAGCAGCCGUAAGAAAUCAUCCAAGUCCACUAAGAACUCGACCAACACGGCGUCCACUUCGAGCAGCUCGCGUCCUAGGAUGAUACACACAGAAAAGUCACGUGUGCCGCCGGAGAAUGUGUCGAAGAAGACACGAGGAAGGUCCUAUGUGACGAGGACGAGCACCAGCGAGAGCAGCCAGCUGGGUCUGGCUAAGUCGCGCAUUGUGGAUGACUAUGAGAUAAUAUCACCUGCCACACAGCCACCGAAUCAGAUAAGCUCCAGUCCGUUGCACAUCAAGCAGGAACAGGAGCAGCAGCAACAACGAGUGCCUCUCAUGUAUGAUGAUACGCAUCUGUUGAUCGAUGCGGCUUUGUUGCGUGAGAAGACCUAUGAAAAGUUUAAUCCCAGCAUUGUCAAUGAUCUGGAGGAGAUUCUACGUAGUCCACUCAAGCAUGAUCGCAAUUCGCGUCUGCGUUUCACCAGCGAAUCAUCGACAACGCCCCAGUUUCUGCCCGAGGAGGAGCAGAAUCUGAUUAAAAUAGAGCCAACGUCACCGGAUUUGCGUGAAAUGGUGGAGAGCCAGCAGCGUGUCAGCUCAACGGGACAUGCAACCACACCCUCAUCAUCAUCCUCGUCAGCGGCGCGAACUUCACGUCACCUGCGACAGCUCACUGCCAAUUCCAGUUCACGGGCGGGAACGAAACGACACAGCAGCAGCAGUAACAAAACAGUUUCCGCCUCCAGCUCCAAGAAAUCCGCAUCAUCCGGAUCAUCCGUUGCUGUGAGCAAAGCCAACUCGUACCUCAGCUAUGGCGUGGACUCUUACAAUGUGAGUGUUGCUGCCAAUGCCAACUCAUCGGAUGUCAGCUCUGGAUUCUUCUCAAUCUCGGAGGUUGUGUCCGCUGCAGAUGCCGCCGAUGCAGCUGCCAAAGCGGCAGCGGCCAAUAAACCGGAGCGUCGUGCCCGUUGCUAUGAGUGUGAAAUGUGCUCCGCCAAUUUUCCGGAUCGAGCUCAGCUGCUGGAGCAUGUGCAUAUACACAUCUGAAACAAAUGUUGAUGAUAUGGAGAGGGAAUUGUUAUUGGAACUGUUUUGUAGCGCUUGUUAGUGUUUCAUUUCCACAAUCAAGGGAGAAGGAAACAACUUUACUAAUACUAAAAGAAUACUAAACAAACAAAAUACCACAAUUAAACUAAUCAUUAAGUUUUGCUUAAGUUUCUCGCGCAGGAUCGAACGUAUUUUUUGAUACAUUUACGUACAUUUCAAUUACAAAUUGGAUAAAUGUUAUGCGAGAUGAAUAAUAUGUAUAUACAUACAUACAUAUAUCUAUAUUGUAUCAUAGGAACAUCGAAAGAUCGUUGCGUUAUUUAAAUUGCAUAAAGAGCUUAGCUAUAAGGCUUUUUAAAUUUGUACCUCAAUUUUGUUUCUGAAGAAUUGGUAUGCUGAAGUAAAUAAAUCUAUAAUGGUUUUUCAUUUAAA